UCAGCUGAGCAGGUGCUGACAAUGGAGGGGAUCUCGUGCCUGUCUCAUAUUUUGGAUAAUUCUCUUUCCAGCCAACCGGUGAUACAGCCAUUGUGGGAUUACCUACGGCUUUAUUACUCUGAUACUUUGAGGUCUCCACUCUUUCCUGUGAUCCUCACCGUAUCAUCUUAUGUUAUUUUCUGCAUCCCUUAUCUGGUCUUCAACCUCAUGGGCAGGAGGUGGCCUUAUAUCCACAAAUACAAGAUCCAACAGGAAAGGAACCCUACAGGAGCUAUGAUCCUCCACUGUCUUGGGGUUACGCUGUACAAUCACCUGUUCUUCAUAUUCCCUGCUGCAGUUGCCCAGUGGUACUGGAGACCUCCAUCUCCUCUCCCAGAAGAGUCUCCUACCAUCCUGGAUAUAGUAUUUGGGGUGGUGGGAAGCCUUCUCCUGUUCGAUUUCCAGUAUUUUAUCUGGCACAUGAUCCACCACAAAAACCAAUGGCUUUAUAAGACUUUUCAUGCCAUUCAUCAUGAAUACAUGGCUCCUUUUUCUCUGGCCACACAGUGUCUUGGUGGUUGGGAACUUGUGACUGUUGGGUUUUGGACCACAAUCAAUCCCAUCAUAUUCAGGUGUCAUCUUCUCACGUGCUGGAUAUUUAUGGUAUUCCAUGUGUACGUCUCAGUAGAAGACCACUGUGGAUAUGAUUUCCCCUGGUCCACACCCAACCUGAUACCAUUUGGAAUCUAUGGCGGGCCAAUAAAACAUGAUAUGCAUCAUCAAAAGCCCAUGAGCAACUAUGCCCCUCACUUCACUCACUGGGACAAAAUCUUUGGCACCCAUGCUGAGUUUAGCUCGGUGAAAGGCAUCUUGGAGCUUGCAACCCCUAAUAAAACCUGCUGUGCCAGCAGGGAAGAGGACAGCUUGUAUGACGAAAGCGUUUCUCCUACCGAAAGGGUGGCCGAAGAAAGAAGUUGA